AUGAAGUAUACUACAAUCGCUGCAUCUGCUACAUUCUUGACUACAGUUUUGUCUGCUACUGUUCCAUCGGCGCCAUGGACUAGUUUGACCCCAACAGCAUCAAUUCCAUCAGAUGCCACUACCGAUUACACAUCUAGUUUUGGUAUUCAAAUAGAAACUGUUGAGGCUGCUUCUGCUUUAUCAACCGAUUCAGCAGAUAAUCUCAGUAGCAAAUUGGAAACCGCUUCUGCUACCCUUAAAAGAAGAGAUGUUGUAAGUGCAUUGUCAGAUGGUCAACCAAAUGUUAGAUCUGGCUCAUACUCAAUCUUACCAACCUCAAAAUCAUCAGUUGCUCCAGUUGCUCAAAUUACUGAUGGUCAAAUCCAACACCAAACCAGUGCUACCGCUACUCCAGUUGCUCAAAUCACUGAUGGUCAAAUUCAACAUCAAACUACUGCCUCAGUUGUAAAUCAAAUUACUGAUGGUCAAAUCCAACAUCAAACUUCAACUGCUUCAACUGCUUCAGUUGUAAAUCAAAUCACUGAUGGUCAAAUCCAACACCAAACUACUGCCUCGGUUGUAAAUCAAAUUACUGAUGGUCAAAUCCAACAUCAAACUUCAGCUGCUUCAACUGCUUCAGUUGUAAAUCAAAUCACUGAUGGUCAAAUCCAACACCAAACUUCAACUACGGCAACUGCUUCAGCUGCUGCACAAAUUUCUGAUGGUCAAAUCCAACACCAAAACUCAACUGUUGCUGCUGAAUCAAAAGCUGCUGCUACCACUGCAUCCGAUGGUCAAGCACAAGAAUCUGGUGUUUCUACUGACUCCAGCUCCGACUCAUCCAUCUUACAAGCUUGCUCAUCAUCAAACAACCUCGUUAUGACAUUGGAAGACAGUGUCUUGACCGACUCAAAAGGAAGAAUUGGUGCUAUUGUUGCUAACAGACAAUUCCAAUUUGACGGUCCACCACCACAAUCCGGUUCAAUCUACGCUGCCGGAUGGUCGAUCUCCAACGAUGGUUACUUGACUUUGGGUGACUCAAAGGUGUUUUACCAAUGUUUGAGUGGUGAUUUCUACAACUUGUAUGAUGAAAAUGUUGCCGCCCAAUGUAACGCUGUCAAAUUGAAGAUCGUUGACUUUGUCGAUUGUUAA